AUGGGCACUGGGUCGAAGGGUCGAAAGGUCGAGAGGUUCUCCGGCUCAUCAGUGUCUUUGAGAACGCAAAAAGCCGACAAGAUGGUUCUAUUCAAGCGAAAGCCCGUACAAUACCAGUCUAUGCCACCAACCGAUGGCGUUGAUACUGAGAUAUGGACUAUCGAGGAUACGGGAGAGGUAUUCGGGGAUUAUGAGCAAUAUUUGUCUCGGAUGGACUUCUACAAGCAGCGUCGAUUCAUCUGUCAAAUUACUGGUCACUCUGGACUAUCAUUCUUUGAGGCCUUAAAGAGCGAGCUCGCAGGAGCGCAAGAGGUCGAGGAGGCUUUCCCUGAAGCACUAAAGGGACCUAUCCUCCGCCGAGUCCAAUUUCAAACGAUCUCUAGAAUCGAUACCCUCGUUGACCUCAUUUACGACGAAUUCCGUUCCGACUACUACCCGGGCGAGGCUGUGACGGUACAUGUGGUUACGGGCGAGCGACUGACGGGAAUUGUCAGAGACAAGACGAGAUUUGGCGCGAAGCAGAUGCCUGAUGGAACUGUCAAUCCGCCAUUCUCGAGAUACUUCGUCAGCCUCGACAAUCGGCCGACUGAGGAAGCUGUGGUGGAUGAUGCGCACAUUACGCGGGAUCGCAAAGUCUUCACAAAGCAGGUUUUGCGGUCGUUCAUCAAGAAGACGGUGACCAGAGAAGCCUGGACUGGUGCGCCUUGGUUGGUGAAGCCGGACGUUGCGUUGAUCUACCAUAUCGACUCUCGCAUACCCGCGCACUUGAAGUACGAGAGCAAGGCUGCUGAGCGAAAGCAAAAGCAGGCUCAACAAAAGAAUGCCCCCGAGUAUGAAGCUAUGGUUGGCAGCUUCCAAGGGAAUGGAUCGCGCCUGCCAGAGCUCAAGCCCGCCCCCAAGAGCCACAAGAGCAAGCAGCAGCAAGGUCAACAGCUGGCCAAGAGUAAGCAGCAAGCCUUCAUGAAUUAUGCUCCUCCUCCUCCUCCUCCGCACCCUUCUUACCCCCCUCAAUUCUACCCUCCUCAACCUCCCUACGCAUCUCACAACUUCCAAGCUGGCCCACCACACCCGGGUGGUCCCCAUCCGGGACAAUUCCACCAUCAGCCACAAUAUCCGUAUCAACAUCACAUGUCCAUGCAGCCAGCUCCUCCGCCACCUCCGCCCAUCAAGUACCCCAUCGAGGAUCUACAAGUCAUCUUACGACACAACCCUCCCAUCAAGCCCCCAAUGAAGUACUUCUCACAAGAUACUCCGAUGGACGACGGAGAGGUGAGGGAAGGGAACGGCAUACUCAUGAAGUCUGUCGGCCCGUUACUUGAGACCUGGGACACGCUGAACGUCUAUUGCGAGGUAUUUCAGUUGGACUCAUUUACUUUUGAUGAUUUUGUAGAGGCGAUGCAGUUCUCAUCUGAGGAUGUUGACUGCGAGUUGUUCGUCGAGGUGCACUGUGCUACCCUGAAGAUCCUUGUGAGCUCGGAAUCAGAAGGCGGACAGGUGCAUGUUCGUCUUCCUGAGAUGGAUAGCGACGAAGAAGAUGAAGAGUCUGGUGCCGAAGUCAGCGCUCCACCAACCCCAACGCCCGAGCCAGAACCCAAGCCGAAGGGACGGGCAACUCGGAGUAGCUUGGCCAAGGCCGAGGCGGAAGCUUUGAAGGCAGAGGCAGAACCGCCCAAGGAGCCAACACCUGAGCCCAAGGUCCUUCAUCGAGCAGCCGAGAUGCAAGCGAAGGAGAACUGGAUUGAUCGACUAAAAAAGCGCGACUUCAAGGAUGGCGGAUGGCAAUUCAUCAUGGUGGGCUUAUUGCAUCAACUGUCUAAGAGCCCUCGUCGCUUUGAGGAAUGCGAUGCCUUAUUGAGGGAACUUGCUCCUCUCCAUAUGGAACCGACAGCCGAGACCUGCCGCAAGCAGUACGCCAGCCUCGACGUCAAUCUCCGGAUUCAGGCGCUUCAAAUCGCCGUCAUGCUUACCGCCGAAACCAAGGCUCUUCGUGCAUACAUGGAAGAAUGCGCUGAGGAGAUGACCGCCUGCCGUAAAGAGAAAAUUGGCUGCCAAAGAAAACGAAAAGAUCUGCAAGAGGAACUUCGAAUUCUGAACGAGGAACGCAAGAUCCAACUUCCAGCAAAUAUGCCGCCAUCUCCUGCUCCUGACAAGCAGCAACAGCAGCUGAACGGUGACGUUUCCAUGGUCGACGCUCCACCAGUUGAGGACGUCCAGGAUUCGAUUGACGAGGACGUAAUGGAUACCGAUGACGACCCCAAAUCAGGACGGGCUCUACGACGUGGUAACGAUAGGGCUGCAGUAAGAAAGCGGAAGCGCGAAGCCGAGCAAAAGAAAGAGAAGAAGGAAAAGAAGGAGAAGGCUGAAGCAGGGCCGAAGGUUCCGAAGCAGACGAAACAAUUCAUCAAGCUUAUGAAGGACAUCCAGAAGAAGGAGGAGUUGAUUGCUGAAGUCGAAAAGGAAAUCGACGUGCUGGAUAACGAUCUUCGCGAGAAUGAUUGCCCCCGCACCCGCGUUCUCGGCAAGGAUAGAUAUUGGAAUCGCUACUAUUGGUUCGAGCGCAAUGGCAUGCCCUACGCCGGUCUGCCAGACAGCUCAACGGCCGAUGCUGGAUAUGCCAAUGGUCGUAUCUGGGUCCAGGGUCCGGAUGAUCUCGAGCGUGAGGGCUACAUCGACAUGAAGCCCGAGUGGCAAAACGAGCACAAGGCCCGAUUCAACAUGACGGUCCCGGAGCGGAAGAAGAUGGACGAGGGCAAAACUAGUGUCUACAAUGCCAACCAAUGGGGAUACUACGACGACCCAGAGGCUGUUGAUGCUCUGAUCAAGUGGCUCGAUGUUCGUGGUGCCAAUGAGGUCAAGUUAAGCAAAGAGCUCAAGCUCUACCGCGAUCGUAUUGUCAAAAACAUGGUCAAGCGCAAAGAGUACCUGAGCAAGGCUGCAGAGGAGAAACCAAUCACAGUCGACUCAGGAUCGAAGCGCAUGUCGACUCGCAAGAAGGAACAACCUGUCGAGCACAUCGCUUACAGAUGUCUCUCGUGGCACAACAACACCGCCCUCGGAGAACUGGGCCAUCUUCACUCUGACCAACCACGCCCUCGUAAGCCAACAGCCAAGAAGGCGGAGGCAGCCAAAAAGGCCGAGGCGGCCAAGAAGUCUACGGUCGUCCUACCAUCACCCGUCGAGGAGGAGCGCCAGACUCGUAGUGAGGCCAAGGGUAAGAAGGAGAAGGGUACCGGUCGCCAGAGCUCGCGCGGCGCAAGAUGGAGUGUGGUCAACUCGUAUCCAAUUAUGGGAUAUGAAGAAUGUUCUGGUCUGAUGGGCGAUGAGCGAAGCAUUGGACUGGGAUUCUGGCUUGUGCAUAGGCGUGUUACUAUGCAUCUUUAA